CGCUGCCGCAUGACCUCAGAAAAGGCUCCUGCUGUGACUGUGUAACUGCAUUCCCGUUCCUGGCUUGCCUUGAUACGGACGUGUACGCACUUGCGACUUCGUCAUCGGAGGCACGUAUCAGUUGUCUCGUGCCCGUCGCUUGGAGCUCCGGAGGGGGGAUCCCCCGCGGAUAUCACUGCAUAACUAGCCCGCAACUCAGGAGAGAGUCCCAGUACUCUCCAGACCCUUCCCUCCUCUAUUCGCCUGGUCCUUUUCCGUCCGCUGUCCCAUCUCUCCUCGUUCAGCCAUGGCGAUUGCUGCCCAGACUGCCGUCCCGGCCCCAAAGCCGGUAGCUUCCAAACCAGCAGCCGACACGGAUGCUUUCCACUGUCUUGUCCAGGAGCUCAGCAGGGUCCUUGGGCCCUCCUCCGGCAUAGACUCGGACGACGUAGACCCAGAGCAGUUGAAAGAAAUCAUGAAGAACUAUGUCUCCAAAUCUGCCGAGUGGGAGAGGUACGCCUUGGGCGACAAGAGCAGAAACUACACUAGGAAUCUUGUAGACAAAGGAAAUGGCAAAUCAAACCUGCUCAUACUGGUUUGGACUCCUGGCAAGGGUUCGAUGAUCCAUGACCACGCCAACGCCCACUGCGUGAUGAAAGUUCUGAAAGGUUCUUUGAGAGAAACCCUGUACGAGUGGCCUGAUCAGGCACUUGCCGCGCAAGGGAAGCCAGCACCUCCGAUGAUCAAGAAGGAGACAGUGUACCAUGAGAACCAAGUCACCUACAUGUCGGACCAGCUGGGUCUUCACCGAAUUUCCAACUCGGAUCCAGAAAACAUUGCAGUCUCGCUACAUCUUUAUACUCCUCCCCAUGCGGAGCACUUUGGCUGUCAAAUCUUCGAUGAGAGGACUGGUAAAGCCAGCCAUGUCUCACAAUCGAACUUCUUCUCCAUCGUCGGUGCUAGGAUUUAAUGCAAUCCCGCGAAGUACAACCUUUCUCUUUGUUUGAUGUUUAGCCGAAGCAUGACUACCAUCUGAUAACGGGUAAUGGGGAGUUUACGGUUGGGUUUCCGUUCAGCAUCAGGUACAGUAAUUAUCGGGAUAUUAAUAGCAGGCAUCUCAUCUCUACAUUAGUCUUUAACAAAUUGAUAGUUUUCCGAAAGAAUCGGUCAAGGCC